AUGAUCUGGAAAUCGAAAAAGGAAUCUGGACUUCUUGUACUGAUCACUACUGAAGCAGUCUGCACGUUGCUGAGACGACUGGAUGAGAAACUUGACAAGGAUCGACACUCUGUCCUCAAGAAGAACUUCUCGUCACUGAGGUGCCUCAUCGAAUCGCCUCUCUUCCAACAACUGGCACAUGUCCAGCACUCCCUGCAACGAUUGUCAAACCUUUCAAGGUCAAGGGAGCUAGGGGAGCAUGACUUUGACAUUGAGACUGGAACGGGAGAGUUGAGAGUUAUCAGGAAUGGUCGGUUGAAAGAGACUUGUAGAAGCGAAGAUAAAACUUACAAGUUGUUGGAACAUAGAAAGAGCAAUAUUGCGGAUCAAAUAUACCAACAACAGAAUGAACAACAAAACCAACUUCAACGACAAACUUCAUCAAGUCCCAACGACAACAUCAACAUCAAGAACAACAGUGAUGAUAAUAUCAUCAAAAACAGCAACAGUGAUAACAAUAACAUCAGCAACAACAUCAGCAGCAACACAUCCAGUACCACCAUCAACACCUUUCUCACCAACACCACAGAUGACACGACCACCGCUAAUGAAUGGGUGGAAAUUGAAGUCAUCAACUUGAUCAAUGACGGAUCUGGUCUUGGGUUUGGGAUAAUCAGGAAGCCCAACAACAACAGCAACAGCACCAACAACAACAGCAGCAAAAAAGCAGGCGGUGCAUACAUCAAAUCUAUCAUCAGUGGGAGUGUUGCUGAGAAGAUGAUGCCUUUUUUUGAAUUUCCACAAAUCAUCUUCAGUGCAGGUUUGAUAGUUUCUUUGAACAAAGCAAAGUUGAGAAGUGGCGACCACAUAUUAAAGAUCGACGACAUCGUCGUCAAGGACUUUCGAAUCAACAAAGUGGCAGAGGUCCUUCGAGAAACAGGUAUCUACGUGCAAUUGGUCGUCUGUAGGCCCACCUCCAAAUCUCAGGAGGAGUCUGAUUGGCCGAUCAUCAUCGUACCAACCAAUCAGAUUGAUGGUGUUUUGUCCAUUUUGUCGGUGAAUGAGGAGGAAGAUGAUGUGGUGAAUUGCCUUGCAAGGGAUGAUGACGACGAGUUCAACAAAGGAGUUAAUGAUGACGAUGUCCAGCAGAUGCGGCAUCAACCAUCACACCAGCAACAACAACAACAGUUACAACAACAACAAAUAGAGAUCUAUGAGGUAGAAUUGAUGAAAAGUCACGAGGGACUCGGCAUGAGUAUGGAGGGCUUCUUCAGCAACAAGGAUGGAACCACCAACAUUGUAGUGAGUGGUGUUAAGGAAGGCAGUGUGGUGGACAUGGAUGGACGCAUUAGGAAGGGGGACCGAAUAUUGGAGAAAUUAAGUUACAUAUUUAAAUUCAUCCUGCCAAGCGUGUUGAUCAUCCGAACAUAA